AUGCCGGAGUGCACCGAAACGUUCCCCUUCUCAAUACCGAUCAUCCGGUACACCAUGGAACCGGAGGACAGGGCUGAGAGGCAGCAGGCGGCGGGGCUCACCAAAAAGAUGUCCCUACUGACGCCCGUGAAGAUAGAGGCGCCGGAUAGCGGGAGGCGUCUCUCCGAGCCGACCCGGUAUUACAUACCGCCGCAAUGCAACAACAGACUAUCGCCGAGGAGCGCGAGGAAGCGCGACUCGAGGAGGAGCUCCAAGUCGGAGCUGAAAGUGGACUCGCCCGUGACGUUCGGCCCCAAGCCGUGUAACUGUGAGGAUUGCAGGUCGUCUAGUCCGUUGCCGCCAGGGUACGGACCGCCGACGAUGUCGCCGGGCUACGAUCAGAUGAAGAGUUCUUUGUUGGACGAGCCCUGGGUCGAGGAAUUCACGGAGGCGUCCAGCGACGACCUGAGCUCCGAGUGGGAUUCCGACGUGCCCGAGCCGGCAUCGCCACCGCCGAAGGUAAAGCGAACGUUCGAU